AUGGUUAUUUUGUCAUCGCAAUCUAAACUUGUUUUACGUCGAAUUAUUUACUCAAAACAUCAAAUUAUGGAAGAUCGAUGGUGUUGUUAUAUGAUCGUUCGAAAUACUCUUUGUAAACGUACAAUAAUUGCUUAUUGUAUAUUUUUCUUUACUGCUUUACUUAUUUGGAAAUAUCAUGAGAAAUCAAUUAAAAUAGAAGAAGAAGAAGAUACAUUAAAAGUAAUUAUUUCAUCAUCACUUGUUAAUACAAUAAAUAGUACCACAACAAUAAUUGAAGAGAACGAAAAACAAACAAAUUCAACAUUAUCCAUCAAUGAAAAUCGUCUUGAUUAUUGGCUCAUAAAUAAUUCUAGAACACUUGGAAUAAAUUUAACAGCGAUUAUUGCCUCAAAACGACAUGGACAAUAUCUUGUUUAUGUUUGUCAUGAAAAUUGUGGAGGUUGGGGAGAUCGUCUUCGUGGUAUAAUGAGUACAUUUAUGUUAUCAUUAAUGCUUGACCGUAACUUUCGCAUUGAAAUCACUCAUCCAUGUAAUUUAACUCAUAUUCUUCGUCCAAAUUUAUAUAAUUGGGCACAACCAAUUGAUGGAUUAGUAGCUGUCGAUCCUAUAACACACCACCGUCAUUUUAAUUUAACACGUAAAAUGUUAAUAACAACAGCAAAUGCUCGAAAAGAAAUUCUUUCAAAUGUUUCACAAAUUUUACUUAAUAAUCGCUCAAUUAAUUCUAUUUGGUCUGAAGAUGUUUUGUAUUGGGCAACUAAUAAAGAUUAUUUCUAUCAAUUAUCGAAUAAUAUGUUUUACAGAAAAAAAUUUAAAUCUUAUGGAAUUAUGACUAAGUAUAAUAUCAAAUUAGAAAUACUUUUCCCAUUAUUUUAUGAAAUACUUUUUCGCCCUGUUGACAAAAUUCAACAACAUACGUUACAAUUCAGAUUGAAACCAAAAAAGAAUCCCAUUAUUUGUGCGCAAAUACGAACAGUAUAA